AAGAAUCUGUGACUGCUGCAGAUAAGUUUGGAAAAGUUAAUUUUAGUUUAAAAUGCACGGAGAGCAUGCAAUUUAAGUUAUUUUGAAUUCUUCAGUCAGUUCUCGUGUCAUUUGUAGUAUUUUAAAGCUGCUAUAAGCACCUUAGUUUUGUUUUGUUAUAGUUGAAGCAGAGACACAAUGAAAAUCCAAAAGAGAGAGUCGAACCGUAUGCCAGCCAGAAGGCGGUAUAAAAUUGAGAAGAAAGUCAGACAACAUAACAAAAAGAUGCGCAGGGCUGACAAAAAGAAUCCUGCUAAGAAGAAGCAGCCAAUAAUUAAUGUCCCUAAUCAUUGUCCUUUCAAAGAAGAUAUCUUGAAAGAGGUUGAAGCAUUAAAGAAACAAAAGGAGGAGGAGAAACAGAAACAAAGGGAUCUGGCAAAACUAGAGAGACAGAAGAAGAAGGAAGAGUCAAAAGCAGGCCAAAGCCUUGAAGGAUUGGUGGUAAAUGCUGAGGCUCGUGGUAAGGUUCAUGACACACUAAUGCCAGAUUCUGAACAGCUUUCUGAACUUAAUAAAAAUCAAGAGAAUUCUCUGAAAGCCUACUACAAGGAAUUCAAAAAAGUUAUUGAUGCUGCUGAUGUUAUAUUGGAAGUGGUCGAUUGUCGUGAUCCCAUGGGUACCAGGUGUAUGCAAGUGGAGAAGGCAGUGCAGGAAGCUACUGGAAAUAAGAGGCUGGUUAUUGUUUUAAAUAAGGCCGAUUUAGUGCCAAGAGAGAAUUUAGAUAAGUGGUUGAAGUAUAUUAGGAAAACGACACCAGCUGUGCCUUUCAAGGCAUCGACUCAAAAUCAAUCUAAGAAAUUAGGCCACAAGAAGAUGGGCAAAUCGACGAGCGCAAAUGCCAUCCAAGGAUCUGCUUGUAUCGGAGCUGAGCUACUGAUGUCAGUCCUGGCAAAUUAUUGUAGAAACAAAGGAAUUAAAACUUCAAUUCGAGUAGGCGUAGUUGGUUUACCAAAUGUUGGUAAGAGUUCUUUGAUUAACAGUUUGAAGAGGUCGAGGGCUUGCAAUGUUGGCGCGACGCCAGGCGUCACAAGAGCUAUGCAAGAGGUGCAAUUGGACUCGAAAAUUAAACUGUUGGAUUCCCCUGGUAUCGUGUUCGCAACUGGAAAUGAUAGCAGUGCUUCCUUGAGGAACGCUGUUAAGGUUUCGGCGAUCGCGGAUCCCAUCACUCCAGCGAAUGCCAUACUCCAGAGAGUCAACAAAAAGCAAAUGAUGGAGAUGUAUGACAUCGUUGACUAUACAUCGCCUGAUGAGUUUUAUAACUUAAAAGCCCGAAGCAUGGGUAGGUUUAAAAGGGGCGGAAUUCCUGAUAUGGUUGCGGCCGCUAGAGGACUUUUGGAAGACUGGAAUAACGGAAAAAUCAAAUACUACACGAUUCCACCUGAGGAGGAACCGAACGUCCACAUCAGCGCCGCGAUUGUGAAACAGGUAGCGAAAGAAUUCAACGUUGACGAGUUUGAGGUGAUGGAAACGGAAAUGCUGGGAAAAUUCGAAGACAAAAAGUACGACGGUCAUUUGGUAAAAUCUUUGGGCAUGUUGGAUGAUGUCGUAGAAGAAAAGAUGGAAGAUGAUAAUAAGGAAGAGGAUGAAUUGUUGAAGAGCAAAGUCGUAGCCGCUAAGAAAGUGAAUAAGAAGAAAGGUGAGGCUCGCAUGAAAAAGCAAGAUCCCGAAAUGGAACUGGAGGGAAACCUGAAAUUGAACAAAAUCAAGAAGAUGGAAUUCAAGAAAGCCAAGAAGCAGAAGAAUCGCAAGGAGAAGGUUGAGCAUCAAUUGUCCACUGGAUUGGAGAGUUUUUCUAUUAAAGGUAACGAUGAUUAUGAUUUUGAGGUCGAUCAUAGUAUGGAAUAAAUAUUAAUUUGACAAUAUA